UGCACCUGUGAUGUCAUAAUGCUCUGAGUCUUUGUGAUGUCAUAAUGCUCUGAGUCUUUGUGAUGUCAUCAUGGAAAAACUGUCACGGUGAUGUCAUAAUGGAAAAAGUCCAGGUGUCCGGCUGCAGCCCCGAGAUUUCUCAUUCUUGAUCAGGAGACUGAGAGAGAACAUUCUACCAACAAAGAGAACAAAACGACUAAACUACAAUCACAAAACUACUAAAUAAUUAUCAAAAAACUACAAAAGAACGAUAAAAAAACAACAAAAGUAGAAAAGAAAGAUCAGAAAAGAAGAAAAGUAGAAAAGAAAGAUCAGAAAAGAACAACAGAAGAAAAUGUUGAGAUUGUUGCGCAAAUGCUUUUGCUUUCGCAAGAAAAAAGACAAAAAUGUAAAGAAAUCUACGGAUCAAGCCGAAUUUAUUGUGGAGGAACAGAUGAGUGAGCAGGAGGGAUCUAACACCACCCCCAGCCACUGCCAGCAGGAGACACUGGUUGAAACUGGCAAUAGCAGCUGCCAGGAUGAAGAACCAGUAGUGGAGGACCUGGGCCCUACCAUCGGCCAGGAAGAGCUGGAAGAGACUGACAACCUCCAAGAACCUAUUGACCCUCUGAAUGAGAUCUGUGAGGAGUCAAUAGAAAAAACUGGCACUGACACCAGCCAGAAUGACUGCCCAAAGGAAGAACAGCUGGACAGUGAACUCAGCCAGAUUGAGGCCGAGGAGAUUGUUGAGGAGACACUGGUUGAAACUAGCAAUACCAGCUGCCAGGAUGAAGAACCAGUAGUGGAGGACCUGGGCCCUACCAUCGGCCAGGAAGAGCUGGAAGAACAACUGAGUGAGCAAGAGGAGGAUGAUGAUGAGGAGGAGACAGCCUCUAACUCCAGCCACUGCCAGUUAGUGGAGGACCUGGGCCCUACCAUCAUCCAGGAAGAACUUGAAGAACAACUGAGUGAGCAAGAGGAGGAUGAUGAUGAGGAGGAAACAGCCUCUAACUCCAGCCACUGCCAGUUAGUGGAGGACCUGGGCCCUACUAUCAUCCAGGAAGAGCUUGAAGAACACCUGAGUGAGCAAGAGGAGGAUGAUGAUGAGGAGGAGACAGCCUCUAACUCCAGCCACUGCCAGUUAGUGGAGGACCUGGGCCCUACUAUCAUCCAGGAAGAGCUUGAAGAACACCUGAGUGAGCAAGAGGAGGAUGAUGAUGAGGAGGAGACAGCCUCUAACUCCAGUCACUGCCAGUUAGUGGAGGACCUGGGCCCUAUCAUCAUCCAGGAAGAGCUGGAAGAACAACUGAGUGAGCAAGAGGAGGAUGAUGAGGAGGAGGAGACAGCCUCUAACUCCAGCCACUGCCAGUUAGUGGAGGACCUGGGCCCUACCAUCAUCCAGGAAGAACUUGAAGAACAACUGAGUGAGCAAGAGGAGGAUGAUGAUGAGGAGGAGACAGCCUCUAACUCCAGCCACUGCCAGUUAGUGGAGGACCUGGGCCCUACCAUCAUCCAGGAAGAGCUUGAAGAACAACUGAGUGAGCAAGAGGAGGAUGAUGAUGAGGAGGAGACAGCCUCUAACUCCAGCCACUGCCAGGUAGUGGAGGACCUGGGCCCUACCAUCAUCCAGGAAGAGCUUGAAGAGAGCAAUAAGGAAGAACAACUGAGUGAGCAGAAGGAGGAGGAUGUUGAUGAGGAGGAGACCGCCUCUAACUCCAGCCACUGCCAGGAGUCAAUAGAAAAAACUGGCAUUGACACCAGCCAGAAUGACUGCCCAGAUGAAGAACAGCUGGACAGUCACUUCAGUGAGAAUGAGGCUGAGGAAAUUGUGGAGGAGGAUGAUGUAUCUCCUCUUUCCAAGAAGCUCCGGGAACCCGCGAGAUUUGUGAAGUUGGGCGAGGCCAUCGGAGAGGGCAGAUUUGGACCAAUUCAUUUGGGAUGGCACUGUGAGAAACAAAUGGAGGUGGCCAUCAAUAUUAUACCCAACAGGGAGAAUGAAAAAUACCUCAAUGAUGAACUGGAAAUUCUCCCAAAGCUUCCAGGCCACCGAAACAUCAUCGACUUUUAUGGGGCCUACUAUCACAACACAAAGAACAACUCAAAAACCCAAGGUUUAUGGAUCUCUCUGGAACUUUUUGAGGGCUCAGUCAGUGGCCUCAGGGAGACAAGGAGAAACAAUUCACUGGGCGAGAAGUGGACCUCGUACAUUUGCAAAGAGGUCUUAAAGGGUCUGUGUCAUCUUCAGAAAUAUCAUGUCAUUCAUCAUGACCUGAAACCUGAAAACCUCAGGCUGACGUCAUCCGGCGAUGUGAAAAUCUGUGAUUUUGAAUUUGCCACCAUUGGGAAGAGGAGUUCCAGCACCAACGGGACUCCUGCAUAUAUGGCUCCCGAGGCACUUGCCUGUCUCGUAGAUGACCAUCUGGACUAUGACCACAGGGCCGACAUCUGGUCAUUGGGAGUCAGCGCCAUUGAAAUGGCACAGGGCUAUCUCCCAUACGGCAAUCUGAGGGGCCACAAGCUGAUCAACAGAAUUCUCAAAGGUCCUGCUGUAACACUCACGGGGAACAACUGGAGUGAAGAAUUCUACUUCUUUAUCAGCGAGUGCGUGCAGAAAAAUCCAAAUAAAAGACCCACCGCACGCCAGCUCCUCGGGCACCCCUUUAUUACUGGGCUCCAUGAUGAAAUGGGUGUGAAGAGGAGCAUCGCUAAACAACUACAGAAAGGGUGGAAGAACUAAAGAACUGGAGAACUGAAGCACAAAGGCACCAUCGGGGGGAGGGACGGGGGCAUAAGGGGCCCAUUUGUCAUCUUGGGCCCCAGUAUAACAUCUUGGUCCCCGAUGGCAGCCUACAAGAAAGAAAUAUGGAAUCCAACAAAGAACAACAUCUAUUUGUUUGAAAAGAAACAAAUAAACUAUUCAUUAUUCAUUUGAUUUAUUUGGUUUUGUUUUUUUGUUUGUCAAGAAAAAUGUAUUGAGUCCAUAAUUGUUUAGUUUCUUCUAUAGUGACACAUGUAUGACUGCAAUUAAAUAACUGUAUUUCCU